AUGCCAUCCGAACAAGAACAAGCCCAGCAACUUCGAGAGCAAGGAAAUGCACUGUACAAGAGCGGCAAGCUAAGACAAGCCAUCGACAUUUAUCAAAAAACAUUACAAUUAACUCCAGAGGACUAUCGGCCUUUGUCUAAUCUGUCUGCCGUUCAUUCCGAACUGGGAGAGUAUGCCUCCUGUUCCACAUAUGGUAUUAAGGCCUUGGGAAUCGUAAUUGGUAGCGAUGAGACAACUGCACUCCCGAAGAUCGUUGUCCGCGUUGUCAAAGCGCAUCUCUAUUUAAAAGAAUAUGAUAUCGCGAGGCAAAUAAUCAACACAUUCAAAAACUUCCCCAUUGAGCGUGAGUUUUACACAGCUGCCAUUGAGCAUGGAGAAGCAGUAAACUCUGCCUUUUCGGAUGAACGACAGCUGCGGAAGAAGAUACAAAGUGAUGUACCUUCUUACAGACCAGCCAUCUCGACGAACCGAGAAUGCUACAACCUUGGCCAUGACAACCUACAACCUUUGUUGGAGGAGUCCGUUAUCAUGGACGAAUACGAUGUUAGCGUGUUCCUUGGAGGUGUAGGGGAUGCACGCAAUCUUAAUGGUACUUGGUUUCUAUUCAAUAUCUUCGAGGAGGCCAGUAAAAGGGUCACCGGGAUAUCCAGCAAGAAAUAUCAUUUCACGAUAAAUGAUAUCAAACCUGUAGUCCUGGCUCGAAACCUAGUCCUCUUCUCCAUGUUGGAUGACCUGGCAGUCAAUACGCAUUUGUCAGAAAUCGAGAGGCUGGAACGGCUGUCGAUCGUUUAUUAUGUUUUCGCAACGCAGAUCAUGCCUCGCUUUGCUUUUGAUCACUUAUACAAAGUGAUUGACUCGAUUAUCGAAACACUUGAGACCAAGGCCCCUGUCAUUCCGUGGGUUCGUGUUUACGACACAGACAAACCGCUAAUCCUUGAUGCACUUAGAGCUUGGAAGAGCACUGAUCUGCUGAAUCUGACCUCGACAGGCAAGCUGAUUUCACAGACUGUCUCGACUAUGAUGACAGAUGAUAUGGGUAGAUUUGAUCUGCAAGGCUCUGAACCAAACACCAUACCGAAGGGCUGCGAAACGGAGUUUCAUUGCUACAAUAAGACCCUUCUGCUACGCGCUCCCCCGCCUGUGCUCAAGAAGCAUGACCCUGAGCUAUUAAAGCUUUUAGACUCAGAUGCUUCAAUCCCCGCCCUCCGAGAUCAUCUUGACAAAAACUGGCACAGAGCUGGCACUGAGCUUUCUUACGACCCGUAUGACCUGGCCAAAGCUUUGAGGUGUGCGCUAGAGACUGGCUCUGAGGAGUGCUUGUUCGACCAUGUAAACCCUUUCUUCGAAUCCAUGGCUCGCACUAUCAAAAACCUUCGUAAGCGUACGACGGUGGAGAUGAUCCUGGGAGAUACCGUUGCCGCAAUGGAUACUAUUAGAUUUGAUCUCAUUGACGAUCGAGAUACGGAUGCGCCUUUCGAGUUCGACUGUGUCCACCUUUCUAAUGUCCCCGAUUACAUCGGUGGCAGCUUCAUUAAUUUCGUCCACGCCGCAAAACUCCUCAAGGACCCGUCUACUUCUACUGUGACCUCGAACUGCUUGCGCAACACCUCCGCGUGGAAGUCUAUGGCGCAGUUUCAUAGCCACUACAUGGUUAUCAAUGACGACAGUACCCUUUUCAAACUCGCACAGGUUGAAUAUGAGCAAGCAGGAAAAGAAACAAAUGGCCCAACUGCAGUGUGCGAUUACAGGGCUUGGAGACGCCCAACAAGAGAGCCGUUCGAGCACGAAUUCUUAUUGCCACGAGAAAAGCUGACCAGAUGGCUUGUCGCCUUUUUCUUCAAGACAGUUCUUCCUUACCCCCUAGCCAUUCGAACCAAUUCCAAACACAUCAUUCACUCGCCGCUCAAUUUGACCAGCUUUUUCCGGUUACUUAUCCACCUUCAUGAAAUUGGAUACCACUCGCACUGGCUUGUCGAGGUACUUGCAAAGAUCCUCGAGAACGACAUCACCUCCACAGCCCGACCACCUAGUGCCCGACCGAUUCCUGAAAAAGAGGUCGACAAGAGCUACCCCGCAGCCAAACUGUCAACGGCACCUUGGUUUGCCGAGAUGUCUACCUUGACAGUUUUGUUGCAACGGAUUCUCCCAUUCCACCUCAUCACCAAAGCAUCUCUGCCUGCACCUAGCUCCAUCUACUCUUACAGUAUCAAAGUACCCAGCCCUGCGUGGCCACCCAGGCCCGAGACCACCCCAUCCCUCGCACUCAUUUUGUACCAGGUUGAUUUGCAGACGGACUGCCCCAAGGAGGACACAGAAAUGUACUGGCUUUUGCACCCAACGCCCAAACCACCGUUUGAUGUCCCAAAAGUGAGACAGUUCCGAGACCAGGGCUGUCACAUGAUAACGACGUUCAAGUGGAGCGGGCUAGGAAAGGAUAAACAGACAGCGACAUUCUGGAUGCGAGAAGACGUCAUGAAUCAAAUUCUGAAAGAUAAAGAUGACUGGAGGUGCGAGUUGUGGAAUGUCGACUAUUGGGUUGAUGCUUUUUGGCCUGUGCCUUUGGACGGCAUUGUUCAAGGAAAGCAGUUUGUGGCAGAAUAA